UUAAUAAAAUAAAUAACUGUUAUUUUAUUUUAAAGAACUAGUUGUGUUGUGCAGUUAUUGUGUAAAAUAUGGGAAGUGCAUAGACUUAGGUAAUGAACCAAAGGUUUAAUCCUUACCUUAACUUAUCCACGUGUAAAAUAAUGGAAAUUGCAUAAUAUUACACUUUCAAGCUUGCAAAUCUUUUUGAAGAGCAAAAGGAUGAAGGGUAAGACCCAGAAGACUCAGUGCUCGAGAAACGAUUCAAACCCACAGCCACAGCUGGCCGCCGCACACCGAGCGGCGGGCGAUGCACCGGACAGCCAGACACAGGAGGUAGCGGAUUACGAGACGGCGCUGGAUUCCGCUGGUUACGGCCACUUCAGCCGAAGCGCGCUGGGCGCGUGCGCGUGCGCGUUCUUCACGACCGGCGUCGAAAACUGCGUGAUGUCGUACGUGCUGCCGGCGGCCAAGUGUGAGCUGCAGCUGACCACCUACCAGGCGGGGCUCGUCAACAUGGCCUUCAUGAGCGGUGGUGUGGCCAGUGCGUUCUUCUGGGGUAUUGUGGGCGACGUGUUCGGGAGACGGAACAUCCUCAGCAUGACGUUGCUCCUCAACGCAGCCCUGACCCUCGGUCAGAGCAUGGUGGCGGAUUACCGGCUUCUGCUGGCUGCGAGGUCCAUCAAUGGCUUCCUGAUUGGUGGUCCCUCGACGCUCGUUUUCACGUAUCUGUCGGACCUGGUGGGCGCCAAGAAGAGGCAGUUCUACCUGAACAUCACCGGGAUGAGCUUCGUCGCUGCCUGGCUCAUAUUACCAGCCGUAGCCUGGCUGGUCAUCCCAUUCAAAGUGGCGGACUACCACACGCUGCUGCCGGUGUACUCCUGGAGGCUGUACCUGGCUCUCGGCAGCCUGCCGGGCUUCGUCAGCGGUCUCUGGAUGCUGGCGCUACCGGAGAGCCCCAGACUGUUGUCAGACACCAACAGGAGUGAUAAAGCCUUGAAAAUCUUGGCGAAGAUCCACAAGAAUAAUCAUGAGAAAGGUGCUGAGUUUAAGAUAAAGAAACUCAUCCAAGACAACAUAUUCGUUGAGAAGACUUUGGGUGAAGAAGAGAACAGAACGAAGGCUUUAUUCAUGGGGGUGCUGAAAGACCUGAAGAUGUUCGUCUCCAAAACCUACGCGAUCAAAUCCAGCCUCAUCUUGUUUGUGUUCUUUGCGAAUAUGGCCGCUGGUUUCGGCCUAAAUCUCUGGAUCCCUGAACUGCUCCUCCGCAUGCAAAGCAAGGAGUGCAAGUACGCCAAGCUGGAUGCUUUACCAGAGAACGCUCGGCUGGUGAAUGCGACCGCUGCAGUUCUGAAGGAGCUGACCAUGCCCAAGGCUGAGACGGUGGGAGGCUUCAACGGGAGCAUGUUCGACCCUCUGGACGUCAGGAGUGGAGGGGAGAAAUGCAGCAGCGAUAUGGAUGAUGACGUGUUCACCUCAGGCUUGAUAGUGGGCGCGUGUUGCGUGCUAGGCAACGCUGCUUGCGCGCUGUUAUGUGCGCGCGGCGGAGCGCGUGGCGUGCGUCGUGCUGCGUCAGCAUGUGCGUUAGCCUGCGCAUUAGCGUGCGCGUUCUUGGCUGCUUGCGCCUGCUCGUGCUCGAAUUCUAACAAGAUAGCGGUGGCUGCAGCUGCUGCGCUGAACGCCGCGUCGUUGAACGGGAAUGUGCUGUUAAUAAGAUUGUUGCUGCACGCGCUACCGGCUAAGUUAAGUGGGCUCGGCGUAUGCUGGGGCGCGUGGUGGGGGCGCGCGGGGGGCGUGGCCUCCAACCUGGCGGUGGGCGUGCUGCUGGACUUCUCGUGCCCGGCGCCCUUCAUCGCCGUGGCUGCUUUACUUACAGGUGGAGUGGCCAGUGCGUUCUUCUGGGGUAUUGUGGGUGAUGUGUUCGGGAGACGGAACAUCCUCAGCAUGACGCUGCUCCUCAACGCAGCCCUGACCCUCGGUCAGAGUAUGGUGGCGGAUUACCGGCUUCUACUGGCUGCGAGGUCCAUCAAUGGCUUCCUCAUCGGUGGUCCCUCGACGCUCGUGUUCACGUAUCUGUCGGACCUGGUAGGCGCCAAAAAGAGGCAGUUCUACCUGAACAUCACCGGCAUGAGCUUCGUUGCUGCCUGGCUCAUAUUACCAGCGGUAGCUUGGCUGGUCAUCCCGUUCAAAGUGGCGGACUACCACACGCUGCUGCCGGUGUACUCCUGGAGGCUGUACCUGGCUCUCGGCAGCCUGCCCGGCUUCGUCAGCGGUCUCUGGAUGCUGGCGCUACCGGAGAGCCCCAGACUGUUGUCAGACACCAACAGGAGUGAUAAAGCCUUGAAGAUUUUGGCGAAGAUCCACAAGAAUAAUCAUGGAAAAGGUGCCGAGUUUAAGAUAAAGAAACUCAUCCAAGACAACAUAUUCGUCGAGAAGACUUUGGGCGAAGAAGAGAACAGAACGAAGGCUUUAUUCAUGGGGGUGCUGAAAGACCUGAAGAUGUUCGUGUCCAAAACCUACGCGUUCAAGUCCAGCCUCAUCUUGUUUGUGUUCUUUGCGAAUAUGGCCGCUGGUUUCGGCCUAAAUCUCUGGAUCCCUGAACUGCUCCUACGCAUGCAAAGUAAGGAGUGCAAGUACGCCAAGCUGGACGCUUUACCAGAGAAUGCGCGGCUGGUGAACGCCACCGCUGCGGUCCUGAAGGAGCUGACCAUGCCCAAGGCUGAGACGGUGGGAGGCUUUAACGGGAGCAUGUUCGAUCCUCUGGACGUCAGGAGUGGAGGGGAGAAGUGCAGCAGCGAUAUGGAUGAUGACGUGUUCACCUCAGGCUUGAUAGUGGGCGCGUGCUGCGUGCUAGGCAACGCUGCUUGCGCGCUGUUAUGCGCACGCGGCGGAGCGCGUGGCGUGCGUCGUGCGGCGUCAGCGUGCGCGUUAGCUUGCGCAUUAGCGUGCGCGUUCUUGGCCGCGUGCGCCUGCUCGUGCUCGAAUUCAAACAAGAUAGCGGUGGCUGCGGCCGCUGCGUUGAACGCCGCGUCGUUGAACGGGAAUGUGCUGUUAAUAAGAUUGUUGCUGCACGCGCUACCGGCUAAGUUAAG